GAACUAAGCUGCACUCAUUGCAUGGUCUUAACCCACAACAAACAAAAUCAUUCAUGUGUAUCUGUGGAGGAAGUCGCUCAGAAACAAAGAGAAAUAUUGGAAUCAAGUUCCGCCACACUUGAUGAGAAAUUAUCUGAAGGAAAGAAAGCAUUAAACAACAUCUCUGGCGUCAUGAAAUCUCUUGAAGAAAAUACUUCAGCUACCAAAGAAAAAAUCAAGCAACAAAAAGAAAAUAUCGCCAAGAGUGUGGUCGACAAACUGGAUGAAAGAGCGAAAAAAAUGUAUGAGGAAGUUGAUGAGAUUCAUGAUGAAUUACACACUGAACUGAGCCAGCAACAUGACGAAAUUAAGGAGUAUAUUGAUAAAGUACAAGGUAAUUUUAGUCGUAAAGAGGUAGAUUCUUGGACACUAAUGGUUUACUAA